UUAGUCAAGAUACAAUGUAACCUGUGAAUCAAGCCAUACAUUGAAAUCGGAUUAGAUGUGUGCAACGUAAUAGAAAUACCACCAUCAAUUGAUAUCAGUUUACUACUAUAUAUGAAAUACACAAUCGUUAACCUCCAGAACGCCUUAGAUUCAGGAGGAAAUCAGGAAUAUUUCUUCCGGUUCCCAAGAAUGCAAAAAUAAAACGGAAGCUGAUUUGGCCCUGGUAAAGCCAUUACGGUGUGGUCCACAUAGAGAUUUCCACCACUUCAGCCGCUAGUGCCUAAGUACGGCGCUCACAGGGACUCUCCACUGGCCUUCCCUUCCCUGCACAGAGAAACAGUACUAGAGACUUCUGGCUCGGGAGCUGUGGACAGUGUCCGAGUGAAUGUUUCAUUGCUCUAAGAACCCCUCCCGCUCUUCAAGGACCUAACUUACCUACCCAUCAAGAGAGCGCUCCUGCCGCUGAGUUAGCUGGUCAGGCAUUUCAUCCAGCCCCUCAGCAUCAGGACUUAGUGAGGCGGCAGCCCCCACCAGCCCCUGUGUCUGGAGCUAUUCAGGGGGAGGAGGGGAAGGAGACCCCCGGCCGGUGCAUCACUUUCCCUUGAGAUGAAGCUUCAAGCCGUGAUGGAGAACCUGCACAGGCAGCAGAGGGCCAAGUUGCUGAUGGAACUGGAGCAACAGCAGCUGCAGCAGGACGGCUCUCCGCAGGGUCACGGCCGGACCACCGCUGGCGUUGGGGACCAGCUGAUGGGAAGCCCCGCCCCGGAGUCAGAGCACGCCCAGAUGGCGGCCUUGGCAGCCAUGAGGGCGGUGGCGGCCGGGCUGCAGAGGGCCUCAGACAGCCCCAUGUCAGAGCGCAGCAGCGGGGGAGAGGACGAGGAAGAAGAGGAUGAUGAUGAUGAGGAGGAAGGGGAGCAGUACAAAGAUAUGAUGGGCUCUGAGGAAGAGGAGAUGAUGUGAAAGUGGGAUGAGGAGGACUUUGAGGGGGAGAUGGAGGAGGACUAUGAGGGAGCUGGUGGACGAGGGGCUUCCCACGGGCCGGGAGGCGCUGGCCCUGCUGCUGCCCCACCGCCAGCUGCACGCCCACUCCCAGCUGCUGAAGCAGUCCCGGCCCCGCACCGGGACCCGCCCAGACCAGGAACCCAGAGUGGCCAUCCUCCCCCACACGGAUCCCGCAGCCAGCUGGGCGGCCAGGACCACGGAGACUGGACUUACGAAGAGCAGUUUAGACAGCUCUACGAACUAGAUGGAGACCCAAAGAGAAAAGAGUUUCUGGAUGAUCUAUUCAGCUUCAUGCAAAAGAGAGGAACCCCUGUGAACAGGAUUCCCAUCAUGGCCAAGCAGGUCCUAGACCUGUACAUGCUGUACCAGCUGGUGACAGAGAAGGGAGGCCUGGUGGAGGUCAUCAACAAGAAGCUGUGGAGAGAGAUCACUAAAGGACUCAACCUGCCUACCUCAAUUACCAGUGCAGCCUUUACUCUCAGGACACAGUACAUGAAGUACCUGUAUCCAUACGAAUGUGACAAGAGGAGCCUCAGCAACCCCAACGAGCUCCAGGCAGCUAUCGACUGUAACCGACGGGAGGGCCGCCGGCAGAGCUUCGGCAGCUCACUCUUCACCUACUCCCCCAAUGGGACCCCCACCAUGCUGUCCUCCCCCAAGAUGUCCAUGCAGAACAUGGGGAUGAACGUGGCCACCAACGGAGGCCACUCUCUCACUCCCAUCCAAAAAAUCAAGAAAGAAGACGAGGGUGACCAGCCUGUGUCCGGCUUGGGCUUCAUGUCCAGGCACCCUCUGGUUGGUAAUUCGGUGGCGGUGCAGGCAGCAGCGGCCCAGUUAGCUGCUCUAGAGCAGCUGAGGGACAGACUGGAGGCAGGUGAGCCCCCGGAGAAGAAGAUUGCCCUACCUGCUGAGAAGCACCAGCGGCUGCUGCAGAGAGCGCUGCAGCACAAUCUGCUGGCCAGGACUGCCCAGAUACCCAUGAACAUCCGCAUCAACAACCAAGAUGGCCGACAGGACUCAGCUCUCAAUCUCACAACUAAUGGCAUGAGCAGCAUCAGUAUGUCAGUGGAACUCAAUGGAGUCAUGUACACCGGUGUGCUUUUUGCUCAGGCAGCAGGAUCAGCCUCGUCAGGCCCCUCUGGAUCAUCAAGUAACAGCAAAGCCCCUGGUGGGCACAGUGGAUCCUAGUGGCUCCCCUACACACCUACCUCAUCCACCUAUCUUUGAUGCUAACUAAAGCCAAAAAUAAACCUCGUUUUCUACUUAGCCUAUGCCAAAAAAAACAUAUAUAUGGCAAGACAAACUGAAACUCAGACCACUUGAAGUACACUCUCAGGUCCUCUCAUAUAUUCUUCCCUCUUUUGUUCUUUAGCCUAAAUAAGUUUGAAUAACCCAACAAGGAGCCAGUAUAUGAUAGAUAUUUGCACAGCCUAUGAAUAAUUUAUUUCUACAUAAAUGUACAGAUUAUCUGAGAACAAAAGAAAAAGAAUACAUUGGAAGGGUAAUGCACUGUUUAAACAUUUAACACAGCUACUGACUGACAAUUAAGCUUUUUCUCAAGAGGAAAAAUAAGUUGUUUGUAACAUUAUCAUUCUCCUCAUUGUUAUUAUUAUUAUUAUCAUCAUCAUCAUCACUAACAAUAUACUCAUUGCAAAAAAUAUAUAUUUAGGAUUCUAUAAAGCAGAACAUUUGACAUUUCUUGUAUUUUAAGUAGAAAAGCUUUAAAGUAUGUUAUUUCUUCAGGGUAUAACAAAGUACCAUUGUGACCUCAUGUUAUAGAAUUCCUCUUUUACGUUUGCAUGAUGCAGUCAGAAACAAAUCAAUCUUUGCUGAGAUUUUCUAUUAAUUGCUCAGACAGGUUUUGUCUUGCAUUUUUUUCUAGUAGAAGUCAACAGGCAUUCUUAAUGCUCAUUGGCCUUUAGAAUAGAAUAUGUGCAGGUUUUUCUCAGGUGUCCGCCAGAUUGCUGUGAAACAAUAACAUUGUAUUUAACUGCUAUAUGUUUCUGUCAUAGCCACACAUUAUACAAAUGUAUUUCCUG